CCAUGGCGUACUUAUUUGCACAUCGAUUCUCUCUUUUGCGUUAUGGAUGCGUACGCCUUCGACUCAGCUGAUCAACGACACACCUAAUAUAUACUCUCCAGCAAAUGUUGCUGUCGAGCCCGUAUUUAUAAGGUUUAACGGAUCCCUCGACUUUCCUUCUAUCUAUCGUGGUCCACCUUCGCCAGAAAUUGAUGCCGCUUGGAAUGGGAUAGCUAAUAAUUUAACUCAAAUGACCCGCGAAGAGAUACUCAAAGGAGGUACAAGCGAGGCAGAAUUGCCUUGGAAAGCCAGGUAUCCGGAAAAAAUUGGUGGACAGUACAUUGGUUUUAUGGAAGCCAUCCACCAAUUGCAUUGCGUGAACUUCCUUCGCCAAGCCUCUUGGUGGGAGUAUUAUGGGUCCAUUCAAGAACCUGUGUUCCAAACCACCCCAAGAGUAGUUCGUGCGCAUAUCGAUCACUGCAUCGAAAUGAUAAGGCAGAAUAUUAUGUGCCGUGCUGACACGACGAUGAUCUCAUGGUACUGGGUUCAAGGAGAGACGACCCCUUUACCUAACUUCAACACCCGUCAUCGAUGCAGGAACUUUGACAAAAUCUGGGAUUGGUCUAUCAAGAACUCCAUCCACCUCGCUGAAACCGAGGUCGCGCGCUCUCCAGACUCGGUUGACCUCCCAAGACCACAAGGCCAUGUGCAUGUGCAUGAGGAAUGAGAAAUAUCGUA